AUGAGCCCGACAUUCGGCUUCCCAGGCGUCCGAGCCACAUUGGUGGCCCUGACAACAUGCCUGUCCCUCCUCCCGACCGCGACGGCCAACUGGCGGUACAAGUCGCGACCGGACCUGGCGCCGCCGACGCUGAACAUCACGAUCCCGGCCACCAAGGAGGUUGAGAAGGGAUACCUCUUCAUGGCGCCCUUUGCGGGCUACCCGGAGGGCACGCACCACGGCCCAGCCCAGGCGGCGCCGUACAUCUUCACCGACACGGGCGACCUGGUCUGGUCGGGCUUCACCUACUUCUCCAUCUGGGCGACAAACUUCCAGGCCGGCCGGUGGAAGGGCAAGGACAUCCUCUUCUGCUUCGAGGGGAGCCACAACGGCGCGUACGGCCACGGGCACGGCCACACGACCUUUCUCGACCAGAACUACGAGACCAUCCGGGAGCUGCGGGCGGGGAACCACCGUCUGACAGACAAGCACGAGUUUCACAUCAUCAACGAGGAGACGGCCCUGAUCCAGAUCUACCACCCGGUGCCGUACAACUUGACGGCGUACGGGGGAAGUGAGGAGCAGCAGUGGAUUGUCGACGCCAAAUUUCAAGAACUUGACAUUGAAACCGGUGAAGUGCUGUUCGAGUGGAGCAGUCUCGAGCAUGUCGACCCCUCAGAGGCCUACCUCCCCCUCAACCCCGGGCAAGCAGGAGCUGGCUACAACAGUUCCGACGCGUGGGACUACUUCCACAUCAACUCGGUCGACAAGGACGACCAGGGCAACUACCUGAUCUCGGCGCGCGACGCCAACGCCGUGUACAAGAUCAACGGGACCAGCGGGGAGAUCAUCUGGCAGCUGUCGGGUAAGUCGUCGAGCUUCAAGAUGGGGCCCGAGGUCGAGUUCGCGUUCCAGCACCACGCGCGGUUCCAGGGCCGCAACGAAAACGGCACGCGCGAGAUCAUCAGCCUGUACGACAACUCGGCGCACGGGACGGAGAACGACCACGGCCACGAGGUGCACUUUUACAACAUCUCGCGCGGCAAGAUCAUCCAGGUCGACACCGAGACGUGGGAGGCCCGGAUCGUGCAGGCCUUCCACCCGCCCGACGACCUCCUGUCCAAGUCGCAGGGCUCCACGCAGCUGCUCCCCAACGGCAACGUCCUGGUCAACUGGGGCUCCGAGGGCGCCAUGACCGAGUUCAAGGCCGACGGCACCCCGAUCUUCCACACGUACAUGGACUCGGGCUACCUGGGUCUCGGGGUCGAGAACUACCGCGGCUUCCGGUACAACUGGACGGGGAUCCCCAACGAGGCGCCCGCCAUCGUCGCGCUCGAAGACCAGGGCUCCACGGAGAUCUAUGUCUCGUGGAACGGCGACACGCGGACCAAGCUGUGGCGCUUCUACGAAGUCUUCCGCGGCCGUCGCGCGUACAUUGGCGAGGCUCCGCGCGAGAGUUUCGAGACGUCGCUGAAGCUGGAUCGCGUGGGCGUCAAGACCGUCCAGGCCGAGGCGGUCGACGCGCAGGGCGAGGUUCUGGUCGAUACCUCGGCGGUGAAGCCGAGCGUCAAGAUCCACGAGUUCCACGGCGAGGGCCACAGCAAGGGGAGGGGGCAGGGUGGUCUUGUUCCGUGGUUGACCGUGCAGGGGGAAAAGUUCUUCAAGGGCAAGGAUAUGUGA